AUGGAAAAUCGAUUAUGUUGGUUACAAGGAAGAAGUUUUUAUAAACGUGUACACGGUAUUUUUAUUAUUUAUGACGCAACAAACAAAGAAUCAUUUCAAAAUUUAAACAAAUGGUUGCGUGACAUUAGUUAUUAUGGAGAUAAACAUGUGACGAAAUUGGAGUAUUUUACUCGAUCAAAUAUUUCCAUGUUCGAAGUUUCUGCACAAGAUUCUACUAAUGUUGAAUUAGCAUAUAAACAUAUGAUUUUGAAAAUUCAAUCCAAUUUAACAUCAAGAAUCAAUCAUCAACCGGAUCAGUAUAGCAAACGAAUUGAUUUAGAAUUUGUCUAUCAUAUAUCUAAUAUUGAUCCAAAUGAUGCCGAACAAAAUGUGACUGAUCAGCGUCUUCAUGAUGGUACAGAAAAUAAAAACGAGCAGAUUUCGAUUGAAAAGAAAGCUAAGCAAUCAAAUGUUAUUAAUCUUUCAAAAACAUUCGAAAGUUUUUGUAUAGAAAAAGUUAAUGAAUUAAAAUAUUUAUUAAAAUUAUAUAAUGUCACAUUUAACUUGACUAUAACAAUGUGUUAA